UAGUUUACGAUCAUCUUCAUCUCGUCGUCAGGUAACUUUUGAUGACGACGGUAGUGAUGAUAAGUAUGAAACUAAUCAACUCUCAUAUUUUUUUUCAUUCAUAUCACUUAUUUUAUACUUUAGUGAUAUGGAUAUGGAUAUGGAUGUUGAUUCAUCAACAAAACAAAAGCCAACGAACAUUCAUUAUGAUCAGAUUUUAUCAAUAUCUUUUCGAUUAUUCUUUUCGUCAAUAUAUUCUAGAUUCAGAUGUACAUUUGGAUUGUUCUUCCGAACAAAAUAAUGGUGAUUUAACUAGUACAUCAUCAUCAAUAUCAAUUCGACUUAGUCCUACAUCAGCUAUUCGAACAAUAAUUUCCUCUUAUGUACGAAAUAAUAAUGAAUCUGUUCAACCAAAACCAGGUAAAUUGAAUCGUCGUUUACGUAUUGAAAGAAAAUUUAGUGAAGAUAUAACCAAUGGAAAUCUUUUACAGGACUUAAAAGAAAAGGCAGAGUUGUCUUCAUUUCAAGCUAUGUAUCUCGUGAUGAGAACAUUGAAUCUUCAUGGACCUUUAGAUAUAGAACGUCGUUAUUUGGGAAAAAAUUUGGCUUGUCGUCGGAAUUAA